AUGAGAAAGAAAAAAAAAGAUAUUGAUGAUAUUCACAAACGAAUAGCUCAAAAGGAAAAAAAAACUUUGAGCAAAAAUAAAAACGAAAACGGUAGAAGAUAUUCAAAUGACAAAGAAAGUGACAAAGAAAGUGAUACUAAGCUAGACAAAAAGGAAAAACACAAAAACAGCCACAGCAUAAGUUCUGUCGAAAGUUAUAACAACAAUAGCAGUAGCGACACAAAUAAUAGUCAUAAAAAUCAAUCUCAAAAAUCGAUCAAAUUAAAAAGAAAAAGGAAUGUAGGAAAUAAAUUAUCAAGCUCUGAAACAAGUGAAAUAAAAAAUAAAUCUGUAAAGAAUCAGAUAAAUGAAAAUGAAAAAAGUUCCAAAACUGAAGAAGAGGAAUAUCAAAAUAAUAGACAUGAGAAAACAAGUAAAGGCUCAAAUGAAAAAAAAAAAAAAAAAAAAAAAGUAAGUGAUUCUGAAGAAAAUGAAGAUAAUAAUACACAUUAUAAAAAAAAAAAUAAAAAUGACCGAAAUAAAUUAAAGAGAGGACGAAGUAAUAGUAGCUACAUGAAAAGAAUCCAAGAAAAAGAAAGAAAGCAUUUUCGAAAUAAAAAAUAUAAUAAACCAAGGGAUAUGAAAAGAACUGUAUCAAACAGUUCAAAUGAAUUUGAUAAAAAAAAAAAAAAAGACAAAAAGUAUUAUCAAAAAAGAGAUAAAGUAAAAAGUAAAAAAAGAUCGUCAUCUAUUUCAUCAUCUUAUAAAAAAAAUUCAGAUUCAGUGAGUGAUUCGAGUGGUUAUGUCCACAAAAUGAAAAUAGAAAAGCACAUUCCUCAAUGGGAACGGGAAAGAUAUAAACAUAAAUUUAGACGAAAUAGUAGUAGUAUUAGUGAACUAACUAAGCGUCGAGAAAAAAAUAUAAAGUAUAAAAAACGAGAAAAUGAAAGAAAUAGACAAAGUGAAGAAAAAAAAUAUGAUCCAUUUGAUGAAGAUAUAAAUAAAGAUGUCGAAAUUAAUGAAAAUUUAAUUGAAUAUGCAAAAAAAAAAAUAGCAAAUAUUACUACAGAAGAUAUAGGAAGAACAGGAGGGAUAUAUAUUCCACCUUUUAAAUUAGAAAGAUUACAAAAUGAAAUAACAAAUGAAAAAGGUACCGUAUAUCAAAAAAAUGAAUGGAUGAAAUUAAAAAAAAAAAUAAAUAAUAUAGUUAAUAAAGUAAAUAUAGAUAAUAUUGAAGAAAUAUGUUAUGAGUUAUUUGAAUGUAAUUUGAUAAGAGGAAAAGGAAUAUUUAGUCACGCCAUAUUACAUGCACAGUUAAGCUCUCCAGCAUUUACAAAUGUUUUUACAUGUCUUUUAUGUAUUGUUAAUUCAAAAUUUCCAAACAUUGGCUUAUUAACAAUACAUAGAACUAUAUUACAUUUUAGAAGAGCUUACAAAAGAUGUGAUAAAAUUGCAUGUUUUAAUAGUGUUAAAUUCAUAGCACAUAUGAUAAAUCAAAGAAUACUUAAUGAGAUAGCAGGAUUACAAUUAUGUUCAUUAUUAUUACAAAAUAUAACAAAUGAUUCCAUUCAAGUAUGUACAUAUUUUUUAGCUGAAGUAGGUCAACUGUAUAUGAAUAUAUGUAGAAGUGGAUUAGAUAUUAUUUUUGAUAGAUUAAAAGAUAUUAUACAAGAAGGAAAUAUAAAUGUUAAAACGCAAUAUGAUAUUGAAAAAUUAUGGAAUUAUAGAAAAGACUAUUUUAAAGAUUUUCCUACAAUUAUAGAAGAUUUAGAUAUAAUUAGUGACGAUGACAAAAUAGUUCAUGAAAUAGAUUUAUUAGAUGAAAAUAUUAAUAACCAAGAAGAAUUAAAUAUUUUUAGAGAAGUUUCAUAUGAGCAAUAUGAAAAAGAAAAUCAGGAAUGGGCUGACAUUUCACGGGAACUAUUAGAUGGAAAUGAUAAUUCAAGAAAUAAACAAAAAGACAAAAAAGGAAGUGAUAGUGAUACAAUUAGUGACAAUAGCAAAAGUGAAGAUUAUACUAAUAGUAGCACAGAUUCUGAAAAAAAAAACACAAGUGAUGAAUCAAGUAAUGUAGAAGAGGAUGAAAAUAAAGAAGAAAUACAUGAUAUGACAGAACAAUAUUUAAUUAAUUUAAGAAAAAAUAUAUAUUUAUCAAUUAUGUCAUCUUUAAGUUUUGAAGAAUGUGUACAUAAACUAUUAAAAUUAACAAUUAAAAGUGGAUAUGAAAUAGAAAUUUGUAAUAUGCUUAUAGAUUGUUGUUGCAUGGAAAAAACUUUUCAAAAAUUUUAUGCAUUACAAGGUGAAAGAUUAUGUAAAUUAAAAAUUAUUUAUCAAGAAAAUUUUGAAAAAUGUUUUGAAAAUUCAUAUAAUACAGCUCAUAGAUUAGAAACAGCUAAAUUAAGAAAUUGCUCAAAAUUUUUUGCACAUCUUUUAUAUACAGAUGCUAUUUCAUGGAAAGUAUUUACUUUAAUCAAAUUAACUGAAGAAGAUACUACAUCUUCUACAAGAAUUUUUAUUAAAAUAUUAUUACAAGAAUUAACAAAUAAUAUGGGAAUUAAAACAUUUUAUUUUAAAAUUAACCACCCUGCAAUAUCCCCAUUUUUAUCUGGUUUAUUUCCAUCAAAUAAUUCUCAAAAUAUCCGAUUUAGUAUCAACUUUUUUACAGCCAUUGGGUUGGGUGCAUUAACUAGUUCAAUGAGGAAAUUGCUUUCGACCGAGGGGCGUUAA